AUGGAUUCCAGGGGAAAAGCGGUCAUAGCUGGAGGGGAUAAUCAUGUGGAUACCUUUAGUGAUGCUGACGUUGAUGCCUUGUUUAUCCGAGCAAAUCUGCCAGCAUUUUCUAGAGGACUGAACCUGAUUGUGGGUGAAGACUUGAUUCAGGAGAUGGAGGAGCUGUUGGGUGUGCUGGAAUGCACAGAGGAACAAAAGGUGAGGUUUGCCACCUUUAAACUGGCAGGGGAAGUAAGGAGAUGGUGGAGAUCGGCUAAGUUGGUGGAGGAACAACGUCCAGGAUACUUCCUUAUUGCCACCAAAGACGUGAAGGCAGAGGAAUUUCUUCAUUUGACCCAAAGGCCCAAGAAUGUGCAACAGUAUGCGGUCAGGUUUUUGGAGCUAUCCUAUUUCGCUCUGCAUAUGGUCUCAGAUGAGCCGAAGAAGGCUCGGAUGUUUAAGAGAGGUCUGAGGCAGAGUGUGCAGUCACAGGUGGUGGCAUUACUAAUGCAGAGUUUCACAGAUCUGGUGGACAGGGCCAUGGCAAUUGAGGCCAGUAUUUAG